AUGUUACUGCUUGAAGACUUCUUUGAUUCUGCACUGGUAAUUUGCAAAUGCAGUAAUGAAGGGAAGAAAGAGCUAGUGAAUUUAUUUUUGCCUGAACUAGGGCACCUAGUGACAGAAACAAAUCUUGGCUGCGCUCUGCAUCUGGAGGCCUUGAGGACCCUCAACUCUAUACUUGACAGUCUGCCACGGGAGGAGAGAAAGAAGUUCCCUCUCUCUGAGGAGAUAUGCUCACUCACGAAAGACCUUGCAAAAACCAUACUGGAAGUUGGUGAUUAUGACCUUCAGGUUGCCCUUUCAGAAGCACUUUGUAGGUUAAUGAUAAAAAAAUGGAGGGAUGACCUUGUUCACCACUGGUUUGAAGAUAACUAUCUUGCUGAAGCUUUCAAAGAGAUCAAGGAUCGAGAAUUUGAGACGGACUGCAGAAAGUUUCUUAACCUACUAAAUGAAAGGCUUGGAGAUAAAAGAAGUGUCUUCUCAUUUCCUUGCGUAUCUGCUUUUGCUGACAUGAAUGAGGUGAAGAAGCCAUCAGAUGAGAAACUGGAGGAGUUUUGGAUUGAUUUCAAUUCUGGCAGCCAGAGUGUGACUUUCUAUGUGGAUUGUGAUGAGGGAGCUCUUUGGGACUCUGUGAGGCUGUCAAAAGAAAGCAUCAGCAGUUACAGUGUGAAGGAGAAGGAUAGACAAAAGAUUGUUAAAAUUUUGAUGAUGACACCCACUACUCUUAACAAAAUAGAAGCUACAAAAGUCAAACUGGUUUUCAGUGCUGAGUUUGAAAUAUUGAGUGUACUUAGAAAAGUCCUGGGAGAUGAAAAACUGAUGAUAGUUGAGUCUGAAGAUGAGACUGUUCACACUGGGAAGGAAGUCAUGCAGAAUGAAGCAGAAACACCUGUGCCCUCUAAUGCACAGAGGAGGAAAGAUCCUUCAAACUCUGGAAAUGUGGAGACCCAAAAAGACAACUUAACCUCUCAGCACAGACAGCAGUUAACAGGAACUGGAGCAAAAAUGGUCAACUCUGGUAUUGCCAUGGUUACAGUGAGCCAGCAGACUGACCUGGAAGGUGCUAACCAAGAAAAAAACUCCAAAACUCCAUCUCCAGUGAUGAAAGCUAAGCCUAGAGAGAAGCCCCUAGAAGAAGCCCCUAUGGAUGAGCUGCUGCCAAAAGAUGUUGCCAGCAAAAAGAGAAACAGGAAAACAGCCAAGAAGAGGGCUGAAGAAAGAAAGGAACUCUAUGACUUUGAAAACUCAGACUCCUCAAGUCAUGAAAAGGUUGCUGAAGCCAAAGGAAAAAUUCUUGCCCAGAAAAUUUCUUUGCCAAGUCAGAGGACUUAUGAAACGAGAAGCAAGAACAAGGCAUUAAACAGUCUUGAGAGAAGGCAGUCCAGUUACAGGAAACAUCUUUUCUCUGAAAGCAACAAUGAGAAUACAAGCCCUGCUCAGAGUGAGAAAAGCUGGAUCCUUGACUCUCAGAUACAGUCGGUGCCAAAAUAUGUUGACUAUAGCCGAAAAAGACCCAGGGUGAGAAGUAAAUUAAAAGUGCUUCCAGUAUCUUCUGCAAGUAGUGGUAGUGACUACGAGUCAAAGAAGGAGGGAGAAUCAAGGCGAAGAGCUCAAAAGGAGAUGCUAAAGAAAAAAAGUGCGUUUAGCUUCAAGGGAGAUGAUUUACCCACAGUGGAUCUUGCUGAUGAAACGCUCUCAGAGGAGAUUGGAGGGAGUCCACUGCUAGUUAGUGUGUCUGCCAGGAGCCCUUCCAGUGAUGUGGAGAAGCCCACACAGAAGUUUCAUGGUGCACCGGACAAAUUAUUGAGGGAGGAAGACAGUGCCAAGCGGAAGGACUCAGAUACAUUGAGUGGCACUAUCAUAAAAAAGCCUAAAUUUUCUAGUUUGGAGGAAAAUCACUUGCCCUCUGAGAUUAAUCAUGCACCAAAGAAAAUGUCUGUUUCAGUAGAAGAGGAAGUGGAGAUGCAGAAAGGUCAGGAAAUGGAUGCUAGCACAGACGAUGUGUUCUUCUCCAAGAUGCUUCGUGAAGACUUGAGUGAUUCAGGAGUGAUUUUUGCCUUUGAAAGUUUUAUUGGCCAACUGAAGAAAUUGUUCUGGUCCCGAUACAAAAGGAUUGAGAUCAACACACAAGACGCCCUGAGAUCUUCAGAGAAGAACUUGUCUACCCUGCUGAACCAGAUACACAAGUGCAGGCUGAAUAAGUUUGAGACCUUCCAGAAGAUUGUUGUUGAAGAGCUUGCCAAUCUUGAGAAGGAAACUCAGAUUCUGGCAGCCAUGGAGAAGGAUGCACUGGAUUUCUGGAAUGCACAGCUGCUCAAACUGAACAUGUUCUGCAACCAGCAAAAGCAAAGAAUGGAAUCUGUUGACUCAGCCCUGGGUGAAACAGCCAGAAGUUUUGCUGACAGUGCGCAGAAUACAACGUAUGAACACUCAGUGAAGAAGGCAGAAGAAAACGUAUUCAUUGUUCCUUCUGAUUAG